AUGUGUGCAGCCCCUCAAGACAGCUUUGUCGGGAGGCAAAGCUCGGUCAUUUUUGAAGUCUUGCCCACAUCUAUACAAGCCAUUAUACCACCACUUCCUUCACUGAGGCGGACCGUAUCGGGUAAAGGCAUGAAGGCAACAUCAUUUCUCUCGGGGGCCCUGCUGGUGUUGCAGCCCCAAUCCACGAUGCAGCAGGAUGGGCCCCUUGGUGAACAGGCCACUGCGGAUAGUGUAGGACUUGUCCUCGACGAAGAUAUGGAUAGCCUCACAUCAGAAAGCUCUAGCGUCGCCGAUGCGAGCGACAACCAUCGCGGUGCAGUGGAAGCCAGGUCUACCCGUACCCGCGCGGAAUCUACUACAAUGGUAGGGAAGAGGCCAACACACAGGAGCUCCAGGAGUUUCCCAUUUUUACGGCUCCCGGGAAGGUCAAGCUCCCUGUCGCAUGCACCGGAACCGGCAAACACUACAGGAAUCGACUACAAAUUCCAAAGGAGAGGACAAGAGAUGCUGCGGGCCGCAGAGGAAGAAACGGACUUGGCAAACCCUGAACAAAAUGUUGCCUUUGCGAGGAGGUCGUAUAUUGACGGAGUUGCGUACCUCUUGCAGGGCCUCCCACGCGACCUGGAUGGGGACGAGAUGAGCAUUCUGCGCGGCGCCCUUCCCGAGCCGCUACGACGGGAGAUGGGAAUCCGCCGAAAUCAAAUACAGGCCGAUAGCGAAUCUGUGCGAAGCUCAACAUCGUCCUCACCGACCAGGGGUUCCAUGGCACCAGGGGAGAACUUCAUGCUACGGAUGCGUAGUGAUGGACCCUCACCCAUUCACCGCGCGGUCCAAACCGUUAUCACGACAAUGAUAUUCAUGACCCGGGUAAUGAUCUCGUUGGGUAUCGCCAUAAUCCAGGAACUCGUGCGCGUGGGCAACGAGUACCAAAUCCCGGAGCGGGUAACGCGACGAACGAUCCUAGUGGCUAGCUCAUUCGCCAGCAUCGGAACGUCGGCGGCGAGCACAAUAGGCAGUGUCAGCAAGGCGUCAUACAACAUGGUGGAUGACAGAGUUCCUUGCGGUCUAGGGUCCGUCCUCCAAUGGCUCACUGACGAGUGCAUCUCGGGCGCGUGCGCUGGUGUUCGCGAAGGGCUGAGGUGCCAGGUCUAG